ACAACACCCAAGAACCCCAAGGACCACGGUAUACUUCAAUGCACCCACCUGCCAUGCACCAGCAGGCCAUGCACCACCCAUCCGCCAUGCACCAAUCACCCCUGCACCAACCUAGUUCACACCAGCAGGCAUCCAUGCACCAUGCUGCCUCACCAAGACAUCAGAGACCUGAUCUCCCACAUACCGCACCCCAAAGUCACACAGCCAGAGGGUCAAUGGGGAAUUCCCAAUCUCCAUUCAGGAUGCCCUCUACACCACAGGUACAUUCACAGCCUAAUACUGCAGCUUGGGAGAUGAAGAACCCUGAGAGUGCAGGAUGCUCUGUGGAUAAAUCCAUGAAGAUGCUGACUGUGUCCAUAGAGGAGCUCAGGUACUGGACAGUAUCCAGAGACACCCAAGGGCAACUCUUCUUUGAACUGUUUGGCAUCCUUAACUCGGCUGUGUGUUCCAAUGAUACUGGAAUGGCCAAGAAAUUUACAUUAAAGGAUGGCAAUCAUACCCUUCAGUGCAUCUUUUACGAGACAGACCGUCCACUAGGCCUGCUGACUAGGGGUCAAUGCCUCCGUAGUGUUGGGAACAUACUGGCCAAAGAGGGUGUCUUCCGCUGCGUGUCUGUCCGCCCAGCAACACUGCCUGAACAAAAGGUGAUGAGAAGCAUGGUGGCUGCAUGCGAUAGGGGUGUCAGAGAGAGGCUAAAUGCCACAGGUGUAGAGCCAUAGAAGAUUCAUUAUAGGUUGUAUAUAUAAGCCUAGUUCACAUUAGCAACAGUAAACUGCACUAUAUCUGAUAACAUACAAAUAAGCCAGUAUGCAUUUAACAUCUUUCUUGCAUGCUGCUACAGCAGUUUACAGCCGCAGUUUACGGCAGCAUUUGUGAACAAGCCUUAAUCGUUAGCCCCCCCCCCCCUUUUUUUUUCUGAGAGCUUUGUUAAAUUUUAUUUUCAAAAAUGAAUGGGGGGAGGGGGCUUGUUUGGGGGAGAUCAUUUGGCUUAAUUUGGAAAUUUGACGAUUAAUUUGUAUCUAUGUCACAUUUUCAAAAUCUGAGGUUUUAUUA